CUAGGCGUAAGGCAAAGAAAUUGCGCCCUCAGAUCAGGACCCUACGGCCUAGAUCCAUCUCCUCCUCCCGCGCCAUCCCCGCGGCGCCACGCCUCCUCUUCCUUACUGGUGGGGCCAUAACGGCCAUUCGACGUUGACGACAACCGCCGGCGGCGAGCCGGCUUCACCAAAGAUGGUUGCGCUUGCAAUUUCUCCACUAGAGCACGGGGUCGACCUCGUCCGGAGAACAACGUAGCCCAAAUCUCUAACGCAGCAACCAGCAAUGUCGUCCCGCGUCCGCCUCUCCUCCAUCUUCAACGCCGCUGCCACCGGAACCGCCUCCUCGCAGGCGCCUUCGCCACGCGCUUUCCACCUCGUCCUGGCCGCCGCCUCGGAGCGCGCGUGCUCCGGGACGCUUGGCCCGGAGGACGCACACCACCUGUUCGACGAAUUGCUGGGACAGGGCACCCCCGUCCCCGAGCGCGCGCUGAACGGCUUUCUCGCUGCGCUCGCCCGGUCGCCGCCGUCCGCCGCCUGCAGCGACGGACCCGCCCUCGCCGUCGCCCUCUUCAACCGCAUGUCCCGAGGCGCCGGCCCACGGGUGGCCCCUCCAACGGUCUGCACCUACGCCAUCCUCAUCGACUGCUGCUACCGGGCGCGCCGACCAGACCUGGCGCUUGCCUUCUUCGGCCGCCUCCUCAGCACGGGCCUGGUCGUGAAUUUGAUUACCUUCGGCAACCUCCUCAAGGGCCUCUGCGACGCAAGGCGGACAGACCAGGCUGUGGACGUGCUGCUCCGCAGGAUGCCUGAGCUGGGCUGUGUGCCUAAUGUUAUCAUGUACUCAAGAGUUCUUAAGUGCUUAUGCGAUGAUAGGAGGAGUCAGCGGGCGCUUGAGUUACUCCAUUUGAUGGCUGAAGGAAGAACCGGCUGCUCACCCAAUGUGGUUGCGUACAGCACAGUCAUCAACGGCUUCUUCAAGGAGGGCGAAGUUGCUAAAGCAUGUGAUCUCUUUCAUGAGAUGAUGCAUCAGGGAAUUUCACCUGAUGUGGUGACAUACAGCUCCAUUAUUAAUGCACUGUGCAAGGCCAGAGCAAUGGACAAGGCUGAGAUGUUCCUUCAACAAAUGGUUGAUAAAGGUGUUCGACCAGAUAUCGUGAUAUAUACUAACCUAAUCCAUCGAUAUUCCACUUUGGGCCAGUGGAAUGAGGCAGCUAGGGUAUUCAAAGAAAUGACUAGUCGAGGUAUCUUACCAAAUACUUUCACUUGGAACUCAUUCAUGGCUUCCCUUUGCAAGCAUGGAAGAAGCAAAGAAGCUAGAGAUAUAUUUGACUCCAUGGUCGUGAAAGGCCAAAAGCCUGAUAUCGUCUCCUACUCUACUAUGCUUCACGCGUACGCCACAGAAGGAUGUUUAGCUGAUAUCACUAAUCUCUUCAAUUUGAUGGUAGAUGACGGCAUUGUACCUAACCACCAUAUUUUCAAUAUACUGAUUAAUGCGUAUGCUAAACACGGAAUGAUGGAUGACGCUAUGCUUAUCUUUAAAGAUAUGAGGCAGCAGGGAGUGAAGCCUGAUGUGGUCACCUAUUCGACCGUAAUUUCUGCAUUUUGCAGAAUGGGCGGGUUGGAUGAUGCUAUGGACAUAUUUGGUCAGAUGAUUGAUCAGGGUGUACCACCCGACGAAGGUGUUUACCACUGCCUGAUUCAGGGUUUUUGUACCCAUGGUGGUUUGGUGAAAGCCAAGGAAUUGGUUACAGAGAUGAUGAAUAAAGGUAUGCGUCUUGACAUUGGGUUCUUCGGCUCAGUUGUAAAUGACCUUUGCAAAGAAGGAAAGAUGGAGGAUGCAUUGAGAGUACUUGAUGCUAUGGUGUCAGCUGGCAUUGAACCUGAUGUUGUAGUGUAUGGUACACUUGUUAAUGGCUAUUUUAAGAAUGGAAGGAUCGAUGAUGGGCUGGCUCUUUUCAAAGAAAUGUUGCACAAGGGAGUUACGCCCACAACUAUCAUGUAUAACAUCAUACUGGAUGGGUUAUUUCAAUCUGGGAGAAUCACUGCUGCAAAGGAGCAAUAUUGUAAAAUGCUUGAAAGUGGAAUAGCAGUUGGCAACGACACGUACAGUACAGUUCUUAGUGGACUUUGUAAAAAUAAUUGCUUUGACGAAGCAAUUACGAUGUUCAAGGAAUUACGUGCAAUGAACACGAAGUUUGAUACCGUAAAUAUUACUAUUAUGAUUGGUGCAAUGUUCAAAGCUAGGAGAAUAGAAGAAGCUAAGGAUUUGUUUGCUGCUAUCUCAGCCAAUGGGCUGGUGCCUUCUGUUGUGACUUACAGCUUAAUGAUGACAAAUUUGAUAAAAGAAGGGUUGCUGGCAGAGGCUGAUGAUCUCUUUGCAUCAAUGGAGAAGAUUGGAUGUGCUCCUGACUCUCGUCUGCUAAAUGUUGUAGUCAAGGUAUUAUUGGAGAAAGGUGAAAUAAUCAGGGCUGGAACUUAUCUGUCUAAAAUUGAUGAGAAGAAUUUCUCACUUGAAGCUUCAACCACUAAGCUGCUGAUCUCUCUCUUCUCAACGAAAGGGACAUGUCAGAGACACAUAAAACUGCUCCCUGCAAAGUAUCAGUUUAUUGUGGGAGCCAGCCACAGCUGAUACAUUAUAUAUGAGCUUAAACCCCCAGAACACGAUCUUGAGUUUUGUUUGUCACAAGGGAAUAAGGGAUAUUAUCUGCACAAACAUUGAGUUCCUGAUCCUUCAGUUUUGUUCAUGUUUUGUUAACCCACAAGAAUGCCAGAUAGAUGUGAAUAUUCUCUCUUGUUAUGUUUAACACAACCGGUUGCAUUUUCAUGGAUAAUAA